AGUGUGCUGCUAGCCGUGGUUGGAGGUAGACGCGUUGACCCUUUGUCUCCCUGCCUCCCGUCACUCGCUCGGAUGCGAUGAGCUCAAGUCGUGAGUUUUGAGAGAACGUGAUGCGCAGCGCUGCUUCUCGUCCCCUCUGAGACAGAAACCGUACUUCGAGUCAAACGCUCGCCGGCGGAGGAGCCGUUAUACGUGUUCAUCAGGAGGAAAAGCGGAACUGACAAUGGAAAAGUUCGAAAAGAAGUUCGUGAAGGAGGAGCGAGGGGGGGAUCUGGAGACCAGUAGGCCGGAUGCGAAUAACAACAACGACAAUAACAGUGACAGCAACAGCAGCUCCCCCGAGGAGCACCCCGACGCGGCCAAGUCCCCGGGCCCCUCCGGCGGGAAGUACCAGCUGCGGCCGCGGUCGGUUCACGCCCGGCGCCUCUGCGACAGCGACUGGAGCUUCGGGGAGAGCCUGCGACACAAGCCGCGUGCGGCGCCGCUGUCCAGGUACCGCAGGAAGACCGCCAACGCCCGGGAGCGCUACCGCAUGCGGCAGAUCAACACCGCCUUCGAGAGCCUCCGCGGCGUGUUGCCGUCGUGGGUGUGCAGUCGCCGCGCCGCCUCGGACAUGACCAAGAUCGCCACGCUGAGACUCGCCUCCGCCUACAUCCGGUCCCUGCAGGACAUCCUGGACGGCAGCGCCCCGCAGGACACGUGCUCGUGGGUGCUGUCCACCAUCCUGGACGGCCCCUCGGCAAAGCAGAAGGCAGCCCCGGGCGACGCUCUCUCCAGCAAGCUCAGCGCAGGCGUGAAGCCCGACCACGAGGCGAGCGAAAUCGCCCCGACCUCCGCCGAGGCCGACUUCGUGUCCCUCCUGUGCGAGGCGUCCAGCUCGCAGGCGUUCGAGGACAACCUGGCGUCGUUCCCGUACCUGGCGUCCAUGUCCGACCCCGACCCGGUGUCCCUGCUGCUGGGGGUGCCUGACCCGAGCCCCGGGUGCUGGGAGGGCGGCGGGGGAGGCAGUGGGGGUCAGCACGGGGCCCCCCUCGUCACUUGAUGAAGGCGUCGUUCUAUGCCCUCCGGUGCCUCACUGCCUGAUGCUACGUAAUCCUAAAAACAGAAAAAGAGAGAGAAAACGUAUAACAUCGAUAUUUUCUGUUGUUCAAUGAUGAUACCUUACGUGACUGUGAUAAUAGAAGGCCCUUGUAGAGAUACUCCUGAAACUUGUCAUAAUUUUGUGAUGAAACAAAAAGAUUAGAUGUGUUUCAAGUAUGUGGUGUUGUGUUGGAAUUAGAUAUAUUUUUAAAAAAAUAUCGUGUGUACAUAUUUGAUGUAUAAGAACGCGUACAAUUCAUAAAACUUGAUAUAUGAUAUUUAUAUGAAAAUGGAGAGAGAGAGAGAGAAGAAAAUCUAAAUUCUAUAUAUUAUAUUCGUAAUUUAUUGUACAUAAACCUUCCUAGAACUAUCAGAUUUACUAUUUUUAUAUAUGGAAAAUAUGAUACGAAUUUCCCACAUAAUAACUCUUCAUAAAUGCAAAAUCCACGGGACUCACAAAACUUGAACAUUAGAUAUCAUUACUCAAUCUUAUCUAUAAUAUCACAUCUCACUGUCUUCCUUAAACUCGAAGACAAUAACGAAAUAAUGCCGGUGUACCUGCACGAUACCUAACGAGAAGAAAUAAAUACAAACUCCAGAACAGAAAUAAGAUGAACGAAAAUUGCAUGUUAUUAUUAGCGAAUAUUACAUGUGACGUGUAGUGAACUAGAGAAAAAGAAACCGAGAGUAACAUAGGUUGAAAGAAGAAAAUUUUGAACAUAUGCCACGGGCCAUGACAGGUGGUGCAAUGGAAGCCUCAUUCCAGACAGUGAAAGGAAAGACAAAUAAUAUAUACUUUAUGUAUAUAUGUAUGUCUGUUUGUGUGUGUGUGAACACAUACAUACAUAUAUAUAUGUAUGUGUGUGUGUGUG